UCAGUCUCGUUUGAAUAACGGCACGAGUCUGUGACAAGUCUCGAAAUAGCAAGUGCAUUAGGAGCAUUAAUUGAAUAAAAACUUUGCAAGUGCUGCCGAAACAAUAUUGCAAAGUAUUCGAAGCAAAAUGAGUGUUCAGGCUUUCGAACAAGAGGUGCUUGAGGCCCACAAUGCCUACAGAGCUCAGCACAAUGCGCCUCCAUUGCAGCUAGACGACAAUCUAUCCAAAUUGGCCACCAACUGGGCUAAGCAUCUGCUGGCCAACAAUCGCAUGGAACAUCGCCAGAACAGCGGAUAUGGAGAGAACAUCUACAUGGCUUCGGGUGGUAAUUUGGGUGGUGCCGAUGCAGUUGACUCCUGGUAUCAUGAGAUCAAUGACUACAAUUGGCGUGCCCCUUCCUUUCAAAUGAACACUGGCCACUUUACCCAGGUGGUUUGGAAAUCCUCCAAGCGGCUAGGUGUAGGAUUUGCUCGACGUGGCAACACAAUUUACGUCGUAUGCAACUAUGAUCCACCUGGCAACUAUAAUAACAUGUACCGUGAGAAUGUCAGUCCCCCAUCAAAUUAGAAGAAGAUUAACAUCGAAAACCUUUUUGACAACGUUUGUUGAAGCUUCUCUUAAUAAAAAAAAAAUUAUAUAAAGUAA